CAACUACUCCUUGAUUAUUACUCGGCCUCCGGAGCACGCGCGCGGGCGGGGCACGGCGCGGCGCGACCAAUGGCAGCGUCCCCCGACGCCGAUGACGCCGACAUGGCCGAGCUGCCGCUGGAGACGCGGUGCCCGCCGACGCCGCUCAGGCAGUACGGCGGCUUCUGGUGGCCCGAGCCGAUCCUCCCGGUCCCGGGAGUCGUGGCCGCGCGCGCGCGGUUCGAGCCGAGGCCGUCCGACGUCUUCCUCGCCAGCUUCCCCAAGUCCGGCACCACCUGGCUCAAGGCCCUCGCCUUCGCCGCGCUCCACCGCGCCGACCACCCGCCGCGCGCCCCCGACCACCCGCUCCGCCGCCGCAACCCGCACGACUGCGUCGAGUUCCUGGAGGGGCUCUUCGCGCUCUCGCCGUCGCCGGUCAAAGGCGGAGACGUGUUCGCGCCGCACCCUUCGCCGCGCGUCAUCGCCACCCACAUCCCCUACUCGCUCCUGUCAGAGCGCGUCACCGCGGAGGGCGCCGGAUGCAAGGUCGUGUACGUCUGCCGCGACCCCAAGGACGCCUUCGUCUCCACGUGGAUGUUCGCCAACAAGAUGACGGAGGCCGCCGCCGCCGCCGACAACAAUGGCGAUCCGCCGCCACCUCCAGCGCCGUUCACGAUCGAGGACGCGUUCGAGCUCUACUGCCAUGGUCGGUCCAUGGGCGGCCCACAGUGGCACCAUGUUGCCGGCUAUUGGGAGGCGAGCCGGAGGCGGCCCGAGAAGGUGCUCUUCCUCCGGUACGAGGGCAUGCUUCGGGACCCGGCGGGCAACGUAAGAAAGCUGGCGGAGUUCAUGGGGUGCGCGUUCUCCGGCGAGGAGGAGGCCGCGGGGGUGGUGCGGGACAUCGUCGAGCUGUGCAGCAUCGACGCCUUGAAGAACCUGGAGGCGAACAAGGACGGUGGUCAAUCGUACGUGAAGAACGAGUCCUUCUUCCGGAAGGGGGUCGCCGGGGACUGGAGCAACCACAUGACGCCGGCGAUGGCUGUGCGGAUGGACAAGAUUGUCGAGGAUGCACUCCAAGGGUCGGAGUUCACCUUCAACGCCAUGGCUGACCGGUAGGCCGGCAGGGACGAUCGAUGCUGAGAAACUAGCACGGCCAGGCCGGCCGGCUGGUCCAUGAACACAAGGAGUGAAGCAGAAGGAAUGUCGAUGUUCAGUUGUUCAUGUAAAACUGACAGAGGAGUCCACUUUACUUUCUGGACUUGUUACCAUUUACUUCUCCAUUUUACCUAUACUUGCGUUUGUUGCAACGGGAGAGAAAAUAAUAUGCAUUUAAAUUUAGUGAG